GGAUUUCAAAAUGGACCCAAGAAGUAAACGUAUUUUAAAAGAAAUCAAAGAUUGCCAAGUUAAGGACAACUCAGGUAUUACUGUUGAAAUGGUUGAUGAUAACCCUUACCAUCUCGUUGGCUAUUUCAAAGGUCCUGACGAUACACCAUACGAGGAUGGUGACUUCCAUGUAGACAUACAAGUCCCGGAUAGCUACCCGUUCCAGCCUUUGAAAAUGAAAUUCAUUACUCGCGUUUAUCAUCCAAAUAUUUCAUCACAAACUGGACUUAUCUGUCUUGACAUUCUAGGCAAGGAAUGGUCUCCAGUUUUAACUUUAAAAUCAACUUUGAUCUCUUUACAAAGUCUACUCUGUUCACCUGCCCCUGAUGACCCACAGGAUGCAGUCGUUGCAAAAAUUUAUACCACCGAUAGGGAGAAAUUUAACAAAACAGCAAGAAUGUGGACUAAAGGCAUAUAUAAAGAAGCUGAAGGAAGCAAUUUGUCACCUGCUGCUGCUGCUGGUCUCGCUCAAAAUGAUGUCAACAAGUUUACUUCUAUGGGUUUCCUUGAAAAUAACGUCAUAGAAGUACUUUCAGCUUUAGAUUAUCGUGGUAAUAACAUUCAAAACAUCAGCGAUGACAUCGUUGUCGAACAAUUACUUUCAUAAAAUUUCAGCAUAGUUUAGAGCAUUCAUUAUCAUUUCGUAAUGUAUACAUUGUUUAAUAAAAGUCCGUCAUUGUCUAAAGUCCGUUAACAAUUGAAGCAAUUAUCAUCAUCAUUAUAAGUAAUUGCCCGUUGAAAUGUUUAGAAAGUGAAGCUCCCGAUUCACUAUCUGUUGCAGAAGGAGAGUCAGAAGCUUUUUGAUAACCUCUUAUAAGAUCUGCUCCUUUCUCGCAAAUUGCAUACGUAACUUGCAUGUGGUGUGCAGCUACUGGUAAUGGAAUUGUUGAGCUAUCGAUGACGCGAAGGUUAUCAACGUUGUAGACUCGCAUUUGUGAGUCAACUACACCACCAUUU